AUGUAUUCAAUUGAGAUUCUAAAUUAUUGUAGGGAGAACAAGUUGAGUUGCACUCUUUGGAACGAUUAUGUUGAAGAAUUCCUUCAACAUGAACGACAACAUGCUGGGGUUGAUGGUCGCCCAUGGAUAAUGAUAAUGAACUUAUGUAGAGCAAAACCCUAUGGAGGUCGUGUCCAACUGACAACAUGCUCAUCGUUGUCGCAUGUUAGUUUAUUUCUUAAGAAGCCUGUGUUCAGCCAUGGACAGUUAUACGUUGAUGUAUCCCGUGUCACCACCCGAAGUGGUUUGAAAAUUUUAGUUUGUGGUAACGAUGUCUCGACGCCAAAUCAAACGAAAAACGUUUUAAUAAUUUAUGAAUUUUGUAGUUUGCGCCCAAGUUACUGCACCAUGGACGUAUGCUGGAAAUCGUCUGCGCCUCUGAAUUUCGUACGAGUUAGCAGUACCAACGGAGCUGUUUGGCUUCACAGGCGUAGAAGCAAAUUUACUGCGCCUCGCGCUUGUGCAUCUUCAUCUGGUCCUCUUUUGGUCAAAGCUGUGAGAGGGGAAUCAGUUAACCGCCCUCGUGCAUGGAUGAAGGAGGUUCGAGGUCCCGUUAUACAGUCCCCCAUUCGUCCUGAGGAGGACUCGAAGACGUUGUACCCGAUCGAUUUGGAUAAACUGCAGUUUGUUGGGGAGUCUCUUAGGAUAUUGCGGAAAGAGGUAGGAGAAGAGGCUGCAGUUUUGGGUUUUGUUGGAUCUCCCUGGACAAUUGCUACGCAUAUAGUCGAAGGUGGUACGACUCGGAUAUACACGACAAUAAAGAGUAUGUGUCAUAUGGCACCCAAUUUGCUAAGGGUUCUUCUGUCUCAUCUGACAAAGGCAAUAGCUGAGUAUGUCGUUUACCAAGUAGAGUCUGGGGUCCACUGCAUACAAAUUUUUGAUUCGUGGGGGGGCCAAUUGCCACCUGACAUGUGGGACCAGUGGUCUACGCCUUAUUUCAAUGAGAUCGUAAGAAUAGUUAAGCAGAAAUGCCCUCAAACGCCACUUGUGCUAUACAUCAAUGGAAAUGGUUGGCUUCUUGAGGGGAUGAAAGGAACGGGAGUUGAUGUCAUCGGGCUUGACUGGACAGUGGAUAUGGCUGAUGGAAGGGCACGUCUUGGGAAAGAUAUCAGCAUACAAGGAAAUGUGGACCCCACAUAUCUAUUCUCUCCUAUUCUGGCCAUAACAAAUGAAAUUAAAAGCUGGAUUCCCAAUUCGGUACUCCUGGAUCUCCUUCUCGUGGUCAAACUUCUUGCCCACUAUGUCCUUGCUCGACCUGAUGCGAACCUGCCUUAUGUCUCAUAUGCCCUACAUCUACUCGUUAGUAAUUUUGGAAGGCAGAUUGUGCACGUACAUGACGCGGUUAACCUUUGGCCACAUCUUCGUAAGAUCACCGACUUGGCGUAUGCGUAUCUUGCCGUCAGUACUUCUAUAUUGAGCUAUGUUGGGCUUCAUGGCUUCGUUGCUGCUUUCAGUCCAUGUCCUUUUACUUCCGUCGCAGUUGGUUAUCUCAUGGCUCCUGGGACUAGAGGGUAUGUGGCUGUUGGAGCAAACUGCUGUUGGCACGUUGUCUUGCAGCAACAACGUAGCAUUUCCUUACAAACACAGGAAAAUGAUCCCAGCUUUAAAACGUUGGAGUCCAAGUUCAGUUACCACGGGAUCUGGGACUCGUCAAACCCAAAGCUGAGUAACAACCAACGUCUCAAGUACAAUAGAAUGAUGAAAAUGACGGCAGAAAGGAUCCUAACCAUUUUGAAAAAGGGUGGUGUGGAUACGAGUGAACUCGUAGAUGUUUGGCCGGACGUAAACGUUUUGGGAUGUCCAUUCCUCAGACCCACAACUCUGCUUAAGAAGAUGAUCAAGCAGAGAAAUGAUAACUCAUUCCCCCUGAAGAGCCAACAUGGCUAA